UUCGGAACGGUGCUAGUCUUUGGAUGAAAACCGAAAAAACCAUUUGGACUAGGAUAUUUACCUACUGAGCAAGUGAUUAAGUGUGACCAGAGAGAUUUAUAAAAAGUGGUGACGAAUUCAUGGUCAUUGAACUGAUUACGGGACACCUACGCCGAUUGGGAUUGUUAAGCUCGUUCGGUGAAAACAUUCAACAUUCAACAUUCCUUCGUGAAAUGUCAAGGGUAGUCAAAGUUUAAUGUCAUCAAUAGUGAAUUGAUAUACGAUCGUACAGUUAGCAGUUAAAGCUAAUGUACUGAUGCAAUACAACUAGUUAUAUUGCAUUUCAAGUGUCUCGACUACAGCAGUAAAAAACAAAACUUAAAAUAAUAACCUAGUCCUUUGUUCGGCUAGCUUCUAAUAACAAAACAAAGAAAGACACAUCAUCGAAAAACAUUGGAUUCUGCUAUUCAAUGUUAUAAAGUGAUCUACCAAGGGCAAAACUAUCUCACUUCUGCCCCGAUAGCAAAAGUGCAAUCCAAAAUAGUGAGCAACGAAAAUUGAUUUAAAAUCUUCUGGGUAUCUCGGUGAACAUACUUUAAAGAAAAGACAUAAAAAAGUUAUUGAUAUCGGAAAAAACUUUUUCACGAAAAAAGGGGGCGUGUGCUGCAGCAAGAAAAGUUUCCCCAAGGAUCAGGGAAAAGUUAUAAGCAAUUGAAUAAAGGAAAAGAGCUCAGCCAAGAGAGUAUCAUCAUGGGAUGUGCCAGCAGUUCGCCGCUUAUCAAUGGCGGUGGCCCCGGAGGAAUCGUCGAGACGGUCAAGGAGACGGCCAACAAAACGGCCACGGAAGUUUUGCAUGCUGGAGAAACGGCGAUACACGGUGUUGGCGAGCAAGUGAAGGAAGCCGUCCAAAACGUCACUCAUGAAAUCGAAGGUGUUCUCGGCAAAAAAUCCACCAAAGACGGUUCGGAUUCCAACGACGAUGGUCAUCCACAAAUCAACGGCCACGACAAAGACGGUACGGACUAUCAAAUAAUUCCACUCAAAGACAACUCUUCCUCCGGCGUGGACGAAAAUCUGGAAAACAUCAAAAACAAUAUCCUUAAAAAGGCUCAAAGUUUCGGCGAGGAUGCCGAUAAAAUGGCCGAUGACAUCAUGAAAGAAACGGAAGAUCUCAUCCGAGAUGCGGAAACCGGCAUCGUGGACUGCGCUUCAGAAAUGACAACCCGAAUCACGUCCUCAGAAGAUGGCACCAUCGAGAUUCUCAACUUGGAAGGUAACGAAACUAGCACCCCGACCCAUUCAAUUGAUAGCUUAAAAACCUCUUCACCAGAGCCUGAAAUCGAACGGAUACUGGACAACGAACCGAACUGUCCGCCCACGCCGGAAGCGACGAUGAACAGCCUGAUGGAGGUGGCUCCAGAGACAAAGUCCGAACCCUCCUCCGCUGAAUCCGAAACCGUGGCUUCUGCGGCCGAGCAACAACAACAGCAAGAACACGACGAAAGCAAACGAGAAGCGUGAGUAAGGCAGCACCUCUGAAAUUCAAAGCAAUUUGAAGCCACGCGCACAGACGACGCACCAUUUUUAUUCCUCCUUAUACCGCCAGCAGCUUCCGGUUGUGCAUUCCCUCGUGGUCAGUCGCUGGGAUUGACCAAAACCGGAAGUGUUAUGCUCCACAAAUACCACUACAACCUAGCUGCAAUUUUUGUACAAAUUUUCCCACGUCGAUACUUUUCCCGGUAGCUAAGGGUAUAUUUUUACAUAACAAAAAACAGCAGUCAAUCGAAGAAGCAGCGGUGAAUGUAAAUAUAGACAAAUUUAUUAUGACAAAAAAAAUGUUUCAAAAUUAUUUAAAUAAAUUUACCCAGUUUAAUUGUAAAAUAUUUGUUAUAUUUUGUACCAAUUUUAUUUAUCCUG